AUGGGCGGCCCCAUCGCCUACCUUCGCGGCCCCGUCGCCGCCUCUAGCGGCCCCGUCACCGCCCUUCGCGGCCCCGUCGCCGCCCCUAGCGGCCCCGUCGCCGCCCUUCGCGGCCCCGUCGCCGCCCCUAUCGGCCCCGUCGCCGCCCUUCGCGGCCCUGUCCCCGCCCCUAGCGGCCCCGUCGCCGCCCUUCAUGGCCCCUCGCGACCUCUUCUCGGCCCCGUCGCUGCCCUUCGUGGCCCCGACGCCAACCUUCCCGGCCCCUCCUCGGCUCCCCGCCACCAGCAGCAGCCGCCGCCAGCAGGAGCCGCCUGCGCCGCCAGCAGCAGCCGACAACAGCGGCGGCCACCACCAGCAGCAGCCUUCGCCGCCGACAGCAGCGACUACCGCCGCCACUAA